AUGGACCAGUCACAGACUGCCAUAUUGCCCCAGCCGGCCCAGGGGGGGCCCCGUUAUGAACGCCUUAAUUGUUCAAUUCCCCUUGUGAACGGAGGACGGGGCACGAUGUACAUAUAUCCUUAUCCUGUCUUGAUGGCCCCCACUGGUCCACUGGAGAGAAUUCCUGUUUUGGUCAAGAAUGUUAUCAUCGGUCUUUGCCGUAGAAGAUUCAUGAAAUAUGGACUUGAAUGA